AUUUUACGCAUGCAUUUACGCACUGUAAUAUUUUUGUAAGACGUACGGCAUACGUUUAAAAAUGCAACGUAUAGCUAUAUCAUGGACAGAUAUAUGGUAUAAUUUUGCUGAAUUAUUGAAUAGAAAUAGCCAAGAGAUGUGGUAAAUAAAAUUCAAAGAGGUUAUUUUAAUCUCUUAGAUCAAAUCUCAGAUCAAGACGACUCAAAUCGACGUGGGUUCAACAUCGAGCCGAACAGCUCUCCGAUUUUCCCCUUCUAGCUCUAAAUCUCCUUCGUAGCCUACUUCAGCUUCCUUUUAGGAGUGAAAAUGUUAUGUUUAAGAGAGUGAUAUCAUAUGCAAUACUUCCAAUGGACGAGCCUUCAAAUCAAAAACAGCCUGACCUAAAUAUAGGUCUACCCCCUGACAUGCCGGCUUCGGACAGCAAUAAUUCUGCUGACAUGGAAACCAAGACUAAUGGAUCAGUUGAAACCAAAAACAUACCUGAAAAUGGACAGUUGCCUGACCCUUCUGAGUGGGCUGUGAAUGAUGUAGUUGAUUACAUCAAAGCUGCUGGUUUUGAGGAACAGGCCACAGCCUUCGAGGAUCAGGAAAUUGAUGGCAAGUCUCUCCUCCUGAUGACACGCAAUGAUGUGUUGACUGGCCUCUGCAUCAGACUGGGACCUGCAUUGAAGAUCUACGAGUACCAUGUAAAGCCAUUGCAGACCCAGCACCUGAAGAGCAAUGCAGAAGCCAUAUCUACGAGUGACACUUAAGACAACUGUAACAGUUUGUGCCACGUCGAUGAUACAUUGGUAUUAGAUAUUUAGGAUACAUGCCAGUUGGUGCUGCUGUAGGGUCUGGUUAUGUAAUAUUACUGUGAUGAAAACGGUGCUAGGAUGGGAUCGUACAAAUUUAUCAUCAUUUCUUUGUUUUAAGAAUCUAAGUGUCCAAAGGACAAUUCCUGGAAUUCUUAUAAUUUAUUUGGUCUUACAGGGUGUAGUAUAUUGAAUCUGCUGAGGAUCAUACAUUUCUUCAUGAUAUUUUUACUUGAGCUAUUCAGUAUGUGUGUGUGUGUGUGUACGUAAAGAGGUUUUUCACAUCCAAAUCAGAACUUUUACUAGUCAUGACUAAUAAGUGACUCCCUUUUGUUUUAGAAAGGGAUAAUUUCUUCAAAAGUUUGCAGACUAGUGCAACGGAACCCAAUUCUCCUAACAUCUGACCAAUACUGUCCUUUUAUUUAACAUUUUACUGCACUAAGUUACAUUGCAUUAUGUUGUGCAUACUUCAAUACCUGUAUGUUACCAUUGUGACACGUGAAGUCUAUCCGAGUUAGCUUUAGGAAAUGUAAUCAGUCCACGGACUUUGAAAGAAAUCGCUCAAA